UGAAAGCAAGACCUGACAAGGAACUUACAUCAUCGAUUUCAUGUUAAAAGUUGGGCAAAGUCAUUGGCAAAAAUCGUUUGGUUUCUGCAAAAUUUCUUUACGUUUAAUGGCUUCCCGAUUAGAUCUCUUUCAAAAUAUCGGUUUGAGUGAGCACAAGGCCAAAGAAACUCUAAAGAAUGAAAUUCUUGCUAAGCAUUUGGAAGGCAUAGUGAACACGGCAAUUGCAUAUAAUAAUGGUUCCAAUAUUGAUAAGUCAGUUGGCACUUUGUUGUACAACUUUGCAACGAGUAAUGUCAAGUCUCCUGAAAGGCUAAAUAUGGUGGUCAAGUAUAUUUGUUCCAAGGAAAUUGCAUCACAGAUACAAUUAAAUGCUGCUUUGGAAUACCUAAAAGCCAACCCAAUCGAUCCGGUUGAGGGAAAAGAGUUUGAACAUCAUUGUGGGAUUGGAGUUAAAAUAACACCGGAUAAGAUUGAAGAAUGUAUUGAGAAACUUGUGGCAGCAAAUAAAGAUGAAAUUUUGAAAAAAAGAUACCGUUUUAACACAGGAAUGAUAAUGGCUAAAGCACGUGAGGAGUUACGAUGGGCUGAUGGUAAAACAUUAAAGUUUGAGCUAGAUAUGCAGCUGCUUGACUUACUGGGACCUAAGACAGAGGAAGACUUGAAAAAAACAAAGGGUGGAAAGGCUCCACCUUCAAAAGCUCCUACUAAGGUUGCAGCACCUGUGGCUGAGGUAAAACAAGAAAGUAAAACAGAUGAAGUGACAUUGGUUGAUCUGGGGAGUGAGGCUGCAAAGUUUCAUAAACCAGGAGAGAAUUAUUUAACUCCAGGAUAUGUUGUUACGCCAAAAACAAUGGAUCUACUUAAAGAACAUUUAAAUCAAACUAGUGGAAAGGUUGUCACACGUUUCCCGCCAGAACCCAAUGGGAUCCUACACAUCGGUCAUGCUAAAGCAAUUAAUUUCAAUUUUGGGUAUGCGAAGGCGCAUGACGGAAUUUGCUACCUUCGAUAUGACGACACGAAUCCUGAGAAAGAGGAAGAAAGGUUUUUCAGAGGAAUUCAGGAAAUGGUUUCUUGGCUUGGUUUCAAGCCGUACAAAAUUACUCACGCUUCUGACAAUUUUGACAAACUCUACGAUUUCGCUGUUGAGCUGAUUAAAAGAAACAAAGCAUAUGUUUGUCAUCAACAAUACGAAGAAAUCAAAGGUCGUAAUCCACCUCCCAGUCCAUGGAGGGAUCGCCCCAUUGAGGAAUCAUUGCGAUUGUUUGAAGACAUGAAAAAUGGGAAGAUUGACGAAGGAGAGGCGACACUUCGUAUGAAGUUUAUUAUGGAUGAUGGGAAGGUUGACCCUGUUGCUUAUCGUAUAAAGUUCACUCCGCAUCCGCAGUCAGGAGAUAAAUGGUGCAUUUAUCCGACGUACGAUUUUACUCAUUGCAUCUGUGACUCAAUUGAAAACAUCACACAUUCAUUGUGUACAAAGGAAUUUCAAAAUAGGCGGUCGGCGUAUUACUGGUUGAAUAACUCACUUGAUAUUUAUUGUCCCGUUCAAUGGGAAUAUGGUCGACUAAACAUGAACUAUUCUGUCGUCUCGAAACGCAAGAUUGCCAAACUCAUCAGUGAAGGAAUAGUCAAGGACUGGGACGACCCCAGAUUAUUCACAUUAACUGCGUUACGUCGUCGAGGUUUCCCCCCUGAGGCUGUAAACAUGUUUUGCUCUAAGGUUGGUGUUACCAUGGCACAGGUGACUAUCGAUCCAGAGAUGUUAGAAUCCUGUGUUCGAGAUGUUCUCAAUAACACAGCUGUCAGAGUCAUGGCAGUGCUUGAUCCAAUAAAAGUUACUAUUCUAAAUUUUCCUUCCGACAAGCCAAUACAGAUCACGGUGCCAAAUAUCCCUCACGAUGAUACACAGGGAUCCCAUCAGGUUCCCCUUGAUCGUGUCCUCUAUAUUGAUCGUUCAGAUUUUAAAGAGCUCAACGAGAAGGGCUAUAAAAGACUAAGUAUCGAUCAGAGUGUUGGAUUACGUCAUGCAGGUUACGUCAUCUCUGUAAAAGAAGUCGUAAAGGAUGCAAAAGAUAAUGUUAUAGAAUUAAAGACGACUUGUGAAAGCGUUUCGAAAGCGGCAAAACCGAAAGGUUUUAUUCAUUGGGUUUCAAUACCGUUAUCAUGCGAAAUACGGAUUUAUGAACGAUUGUUCAAACACAAGUUUCCGGAGGAUCCGGCUGUUGUUCCAGGUGGAUUUUUAUCAGACUGUAAUAAGGAUUCAUUAAAAGUCAUUUCAAAUGCUCUUGUUGACGUAACUGUUCGAGAUGCUCCAGUUAUGACAAAAUAUCAAUUUGAGCGAGUUGGAUUCUUCUGCAUCGACACAGAUAGCACUAAUAGCAAGAUAAUUUUUAAUCGCACAAUUCCUUUGAAAGAAGAUUCUGGCAAGAGUUAGUAAAAGCUUGGUUGAGAAAAAAAAAAUUCAAAUCAAGCAAAUGUAUUGAUAAUGCAACUUUUUCCAAUUGAAGUAAUUUGUAAAUGUCAUAUUUUCUUAGCCCAAAUCAUGCAAUGAAAUCAGCACGUUUGCAUAA